CAGUGUAUUACCUGAAUGUAAAUAUAACCUGCAAUCCAUCAACACUGGGGCGUGUACAGGUCUGUGUUAGUGUGCUCGCAACCUUCCAGGACAAGGCAAUAAAAACUAAAGAAAGCAAAUGGAAAACAGAAAGCUGCAGUUCUCAUUCUAAAGACAAUACAAACUUUGCGAGCUGUUUGCUCUGUGCAGCCCGCCUGCCCGCCUGCCUGCCUGCCUGCUGGUCGGUUGGCAGCUACAGUGGCAGUGUAUUUGAUCUCCUCGGCUGAGAUGAGAAGUGGACUGGGAGGGAGACCUGGGUGACGGAGUCGCGGUGCUUACGAGACUGGAGCAUGGACUGCACCUGCACCCCACAGGAUGAGAGGAAGCUCUGUGUGGAUAACCCCGCCUUCCUGAGGUCUGAGGAGGACGACUCUGACCAGCCACAGCCGCAGCAGUGCAGGAAAAGGGAGAGGCAUCCUGCUCAGCACAGCCAAUCCCGUGGGCUUUCUGGUUCUUCUUCUUCCACUGCAGCAGAUGGGCGCCACAGAAACGGAAACAGCAGUACCAGUAGCACCACGCCCAUAGCUGUCACCAUGGAGAUGCACGAGCCAAUGAUAACAGAGAGCAGCCCCCUGAGCUCCGCCCCCGAGAAUGGGGACCUGCAAGACAAGGGACGGCUGAUAUGGGGGGACAAUGGUGCCCCCCAGGCGACAGAGAAGGAGUUUGCAGGGGAGAAGGGAAGCCCCGCCCCGGGGCAGGUCUCUAACGGUUACCCCUCGGCCACACAGAGCCCUGGAGAGGGGGGCACGGUGGCAAUGCCAGGCUGUCCUCGGACUCUCGUGGUGCAACAGACCCCCGGCAGCCAACGGGAGACGUGGAGCAAGAAGAUGGACUUCCUGCUGUCUGUGAUUGGCUACGCCGUGGACCUGGGGAACGUGUGGCGCUUCCCAUACAUCUGCUACCAGAACGGAGGGGGUGCUUUCCUCCUGCCCUACCUGCUGAUGGCGCUGUUUGGAGGGGUGCCCCUGUUCUACAUGGAGCUGGCUCUGGGGCAGUACCAUCGCAGCGGCUGCAUCUCCAUCUGGAAGCACAUCUGCCCCAUCUUCAAAGGUAUCGGCUUCUCGAUCUGCAUCAUCGCUCUCUACAUCGCCUUCUAUUACAACACCAUCAUGGCCUGGGCGAUGUAUUACUUCCUGUCCUCCUUCAGCUCCCAGCUGCCCUGGACCAGCUGCGGGAAUGCGUGGAACACCAUCAACUGCACCAACUACCUGCAGAGCGGCGACAACGUGACCUGGGAGCCCCACUCCAUCUCCCCCGGAGAGGAGUUCUAUACGCGCCGGGUGUUGCAGGUGCAUCACUCGGAGGGGCUGCACGACCUGGGCUCUGUCAGCUGGCAGCUGGCUCUGUGCCUGCUCUUCAUCUUCACCAUCGUCUACUUCAGCAUCUGGAAGGGCGUCAAGACCUCUGGCAAGGUGGUGUGGGUCACAGCUACCUUCCCCUAUGUGGUGCUGCUGGUGCUGCUGGUUCGAGGAGCGACUCUGCCGGGGGCAUGGAGGGGCGUCGUCUUCUACCUGAAACCUGACUGGAGCAAACUGUUGAGCACGACGGUGUGGAUUGAUGCUGCAGCUCAGAUCUUCUUCUCCCUCGGACCCGGGUUCGGGGUCCUGCUUGCCUUCGCCAGCUACAACCCCUUCCACAACAACUGCUACAAGGAUGCCAUUGUGACCAGCUCCAUCAACUGCCUGACCAGCUUCAUGUCCGGCUUCGUUAUCUUCACCGUGCUCGGAUACAUGGCGGAGAUGAGGCACCUGGAGGUGUCCGAGGUGGCCAAGGACACGGGACCCAGCCUGCUCUUCAUCACCUACGCAGAAGCCAUCGCUAACAUGCCUGCCUCCACCUUCUUCGCCAUCAUCUUCUUCCUCAUGAUCAUCACGCUCGGACUUGACAGCACAUUUGCAGGGCUGGAGGGUGUGAUCACGGCGAUGAUGGAUGAGUUUCCUGACCAGCUGUCCAAGCGCAGGGAGUUGUUUGUUCUCGGGAUCAUCUCCGUGUGCUUCCUGGGGGCUCUCACCACCCUCACCUAUGGAGGUGCCUACGUGGUCAAGCUGUUUGAGGAAUACGCCACGGGUGCGCCCGUCAUCAUCGUGGUCUUCCUUGAGGUCAUUGCAGUCUCCUGGUUCUACGGGAUGCCUCGGUUCUGCCGUGAUAUCCAGGUGAUGCUGGGUUUCAAUCCAGGCUGGUACUGGAGGAUCUGCUGGGUGGCAAUCUGCCCCGUCUUCCUGCUGUUCAUCAUCUGCAGUUUCCUGGUGUUCCCCCCACAGCUCAAGCUGUUUCACUAUGACUAUCCCCCCUGGACGACUGUGCUGGGGUACUGCAUCGGCAUCUCCUCUUUCAUCUGCGUGCCAGCCUACAUGGUGUACCUGCUCGUGGUCACACCAGGCACUUUAAAACAGCGCCUCCUGAAGAACAUCACCCCUGAGCCUGGCAUAGAGAUCCCGCGCUGUGACAUCAUCACCAACGCGGUGUGACGAGCCGCGGGCGACGCCAGGCACGUGCCCCACCACGCAGGGCAGCUGGAGCCGGCGCGCAGAACAUUGCUGUCGAGAGCUGGGCGAGGGAGACCCGCGCUGGCAGCUGCUGGGGCUCAUUGCAUUCAUAAAAAGGAGACGUAUUCUUACAAGUUGCCAUGCGUUUUAGCAAUGUGCAAAGUUAGGUACGUUCUCAUUUGAUUUUUUAAAAGAAUCGUAGCAGACGCAUAAAAUAAAGGUGACGGCAGCUUGUUAUAUUUUAGGCACGCCACUAAGCGAUAAAGCAAGUUGCUUAAAUCUUUGCGAGUCCAUCCGCAGCUGCCAAAUAAAUGAGAACGAGGCUAAAGAUUAAGCAGAUUGCAAAAACGCGUUGGCUUUUUAAAACGCAGCCCUGUGUAUUUCCAAAGAGAGUUAGAGUGCUGUGAAAUGUUAGUGUAAAAUUUGUCAGUAAAAGGAUUAUUAAUACUCAGUGUAGAGAGCGACUGUGUAUACUGAAUGAGAGACACUGAUGAUGUUUAUUACAAUAUUUUAAAGAAAUCGUAACGUAUCCUCUUUGUUUUCUCACGUGCAGCGCAAUGUUUACACAUUGUAAUGUGAUUGGCUGUUUGCAAGCUCCUCCCACGGCUCUGAUUGGUUACUCUGUCUGCCGUGUGUUUAGGAUUCUUGCGAAGCUAUUGCUUCACACGUGUGCAGAAGUGUGGUAAAAAGUUUGGAAAUUGAAGCGCAUUGCACCGAAUGCUCCCGUUUUUAUAACACCUGCUCUGCAACAGUGCCUUCGCAAAGCAUCCUGCAAACUCUGCUGACAGACCAACCAAUCAAGAGGAUCCUGCAAACACUGCUGACAGACCAGCCAAUCACGAACGUGAACUCACUCAGCACCAAACACCUGUUCCGCAUCCAAACUGCGGGAGGAGUCAAGAACCGUCUCCUCUGAUUGGGUGGAGCGCUUGCUCCCAGCGUAACAUGCUGCUUCUUGGUGGCACGUCCAAAGCACAUCACAAGGAAACCGAGUCCAGUUCUGCUUAAGAGCCGAGUGUCUCAAUGCACAAGGAACAGGACGGUUUGUUUGUACAUUCUGUGUCUUUUUUCGGAAAAAUGUAAGACAAACCGCUUACUGAAAUACAUUGUGUUUCAAUCCCUCCAUUAACAUACAGCACAGUUCUGUGUUUAUUCUUCGUAGAAGCGCUGCUAACUGUUUAUUUAUUCUUUUUGUUCUAAAACUUAGGUCAGUACCAUUUAAGGUGAACCCCUGUUGAAAAAUCCAGGCUCCACUGAAAUGCGUGGAACAAACUGGCAGAGCAACUCGUAGAAAGACAGUAAAAUGCCGAGUUUCUACCACCUUGGCCCAAUAAUCAUGCAUAACGUAAAGGAACCAUGUCCUCCCCCCCCCCCCCUCCCCCAAAGCAAACGCUGGGUUUUUCAAUGAAUUGAUCCUGGGUAUGAGAGGAGACAGCACCCCCUUUACUGUAUGUGUGCUCUGUACUGCACGACAUUGUAACUGUAUUUAUCAACUUGUUCAAUAUAAAUGUGUAAAAAGAAAGUCUGUUAUCAUGAUCUGUUGUAAAUCUCUAUUGUAACUAAUUAAAUAAACAUAAUGGUCUAUGAUGAAGGAA